CGGCCGACGUGUACGACAAAGUCAUUUCAACCUCCCACCGUCUCUUCUUUAAACCCUUCACUCUUUCAAAUCUCCCCCCACCAAAUCCCACCUCUCUCUCUCUCUCUCUCUCUCUCUCUCUCUCCGGUUGGAAAGUUGUGCCCGGAGUUCGAUCUGAAUUGCUAUCAUACCUUAUAUUGAAAGAGUACGUACGAUCGUAUACGUAGAUUCAUCUUUUUGCAACGCGCGCAAAAAUAUGGGCAACUAUAUCUCUUGCACGCUGGCCGGCGCCCCAGGAGGCAAGCAUUCUAGAGCCACAAAAGUGAUCUUUCCGGGCGGCGAAAUUAGAAAAUUCCAUGAACCCAUUAAGGCGGCCGAACUCAUGCUCGAAAUCCCGAACUUCUUUCUCGUAAACUCAAGGUCUCUCCACAUCGGACGGAGGUUUUCUGCGCUCAACGCCGACGAAGAUCUAGAGAUCGCCAACGUUUACGUCAUGUUCCCCAUGAAGAGAAUGAGAUCUGUCGUGUCAGCUGCAGACAUGGGCGUCUUGUUCCUCACCGCCAACUCCAUGGCCAAUAACAGCGUGUCCAGUGGGAAGGUUGGGUUCUUACUUGAGUCUGGGAACGCUCCACAGAUGGUGGAGGGAAGAACAACCGUUGAAAGGAUGGAAAACGAGGCAGCUCAUCAUGUGGAGGUGCCAAAGUUAAAUUUGGAUGAUAUCGAGGAGUUCUCGACACCGGAGUUCAUGCAUAGGUUGUCCAUGUGCAGGUCAAAGAAACCAGUGUUAGAUACCAUAGCAGAAGAGCCAAUUUAUUCAUCCUGAAUUAAUAGAUCAUGAUUUUAUGU